AUGAGUAAACCCACAUCUCAGAUGUCCGAGAUGGAUAUGCAGCGGAUGCGUACGUAUCGACGCCUGAAUGAACUUCGCAUGCAGCCGCUGAAGUCACUGCCCAUGACGGCCUUUAUGAUGUGGAUGGUGGGAAAUGAGGUGAGUAUCUUCUCCAUUAUGUUUGUUGGAAUGGCGGUGGUGAAUCCCCUGCAGUCCAUACUCGGCUGCGGUAAAGUGUUUGCGGAGUUUGCCGACGAUGUCAGUCAAGACGCGGGUAUUCGCAGUGCGGUGGCGCAGUCCAAACUUAUCUACAUUGGCUGCUGUCUCGUGGCCUUCACAGUCGCGUUGGUGAAACUCAGCUGGAUGGGAUUGAUGCCGGUGAAUGCAAUGGACUGGUUAGACACCACACCGCCAGUGUAUAAGGAACACACACUAGGUGUCUAUACCGCGUGA